AAAUUAGAAUUUCAUUUUGUUUGGUCCAAUGGUGACCAAUCUUGGGAGUCUGCCCAAAAGGCAGAUCGUCUCACCCAAUUGGAUGAAUACCUUGAACUUCACGGUGUGACGACGCCUGAGGACCUCCCUAAACAGGUAGCCCUAAGGCCCUGA